AACAGAACAAAAAAAGAACUACUUUGGAAUGUACGUUAUAAGAAUGAAUAAAACUGGUAAAUGGACCACCCACAUUUUCCGAAUCAACAUUACACUAAGGACUCGGCGAUUGGCUAUUCCUAUUGGGACUCUUAAGGUUUGGAGGAGAGCAAGCAGGCAAAAGAAAUGGAAAAUGAGACGCUGCCAAGUAGACAUACGCUCAACCCAAGCUUUCAUAAAACAAAGAGUAAAGACAGGGUACCUUCUCGCGCCAUUAGUCAUAACGGGAGUUAUAAUAGGUCACGAGUAGGAAUUAACAGGGUCCUUUCUCUGCUCAAGAAAGCUGGAAGCUUCGUUAGACUCGGAUCAGCCUCACACUCGACUGUAGCCGCCUCUUCUUUCUCAUCGAAAACGUCGUCGUCAGACCUUGCUUCUGCGGUUGAUGAUCUAAAGACUAAGUUGUGUAUAAUCGGCAGCGGCCCAGCUGCCCACACCGCCGCCAUAUACGCAGCUCGAGCCGAGCUCAAGCCUAUUCUAUUCCAGGGAUGGAUGGCAAACGACGUCGCUCCUGGCGGACAACUCACCACCACCACCGUAGUCGAGAACUUCCCUGGAUUUCCCGAAGGCAUCAUGGGAAUGGAGCUAAUGGAACGGUGUCGUGACCAGUCUCUUCGUUUCGGCACUAGGAUCUUCACCGAAACUGUCUCUAGUGUUGAUUUCUCGGCCACUCCUUUCAAGGUCCUAACGGAUUCUAGGGUCGUCCUCGCUGAUUCCGUCAUCGUCGCCACCGGUGCUGUUGCCAAGCGCCUCUCAUUUCCUGGCUCUGGUGAAGGCAAGGACGGGUUCUGGAAUUGCGGAAUUUCUACAUGUGCGGUGUGCGAUGGUGCCGCCCCAAUCUUCCGGAACAAGCCACUGGCCGUCAUCGGCGGCGGUGACACGGCCAUGGAAGAGGCUAACUUCCUUACCAAAUACGCUUCCGAGGUAUUUAUAAUCCACAGGAGGGACGUUUUUAGGGCUUCAAUGGCAAUGCAGAAACUGGCCCUGAGCAACCCAAAAAUCCGAGUGAUCAAUAAUUCCGUGGUAGUCGAAGCCUACGGAGACGGAGACAAAAGGGUUCUAGGGGGCCUGAAGAUCAAGAAUGUGGUCACAGAAGAGGUUUCUGAUUUGAAGGUAUCGGGCCUGUUCUUCGCCAUCGGGCACGAGCCCGCGACAAAGUUUCUAGGAGGGCAAUUGGAAUUGGACCCCGAUGGUUACAUUGUGACGAAGCAGGGAACUACGCAGACGAGUGUGCGUGGAGUUUUUGCAGCAGGGGAUGUGCAAGACAAGAAAUAUAGGCAAGCUGUUACUGCUGCGGGAACUGGGUGUAUGGCUGCAUUAGAUGCCGAACAUUACUUGCAAGGGAUUGGAUCCUUGGAGGGUAAGAGUUCUUGAUAACAAGGAUGCCUGAAGGAUUCUAGAGCUGCUCCAUUAGAAGCAAUUUUAAUCAGCAUUAAGUACAAAGGAAACACUGGACACGUUAAUAUCCAUCAGUUUGUUGAAAGUGAAGAGGAAAAACGGUUAGGAAAUGUUCUUGGCUGGUCAUUGUUUUUGAUGGUUCAUUUUUUAGUCUAAUGGUUUCAUCCAUAAACGGUGUAUUAUUCAGUACGUAAGUUAUUUAAAUAGUGCUUAUCCACCUUAGCAUGGUUAUACUUUGUCUGUAAUCUAAUUCUUAUGUCUAGUGUUUUUUGUUUCAAUUUUGAUUGGUUUAAGACUUGAUAAAUUUUAGAUUCCUGUGUUCUUUAUGUUUCAGCAAACCUGGUUAAACUGAAAUUGAAUCCAUCAAGUUCCAAAAACCAGCUUGGACAUUUGAGCCACUGUCUAGUUGAAAACAUAGAAAGAACCUGAAGUUGAAUUGCAGCUAGACAGUGAGCAAUAUUCCGAUGUUUUUUUAUGAGUGAACAAGCAAUAAUCCUAUGUUGGGUUACUUGUAAUGUGUUAGUUUACCUCCUAAUUUUAUUCUUAUCUUUUCUUUUUUUCUUUUUUUUAGCUUUACAAUUGGGCGAUGGAGAUUUCAAUGAAGCUAGAUUUGAACCCAGCGC